AACAACUACCUGGAUGCCAAUGAACCAGUGUCCUCAGAGGCCCGUCUGAGCCGCAUGCACUUCCAUGACAACCAGAGGAAGGUCGACUACGUGCUCGCCUACCAUUACCGGAAGCGUGGGGUGCACCCUGGCCACGGGUCUGCAGGCCACUCGUUGGCUAUAGUCUCCAAUGGAGAGACGGGCAAGGAGCCCCAUGCUGGGGGUCCCGGUGACAUGGAGCUGGGCCCGCUGGAUGCCCUGGAGGAGGAGAGGAAGGAGCAGCGGGAGGAGUUUGAGCACAACCUGAUGGAGGCUGGGCUGGAGCUUGAGAAGGACGUGGAGAGUAAAAGCCAGGGAUCCGUCUUUGUCCGGAUACAUGCCCCAUGGCAGGUGCUGGCCAGAGAGGCGGAGUUCUUGAAGAUCAAAGUCCCCACCAAGAAAAUGUAUGAGAUCAAAUCAGGAGGCAGCAUUGCAAAGAAGUUCAAUGAGAUUCUGCAGAAGCUGAGCUCGCCCCUGAAGCCCAGAGUUCCAGAGCACAGUAACAACAGGAUGAAAAACCUCUCCUACCCAUUCUCCAGGGAGAAAAUGUACCUGUACAACAUCCAGGAUAAGGACUGCUUCUUUGAUAACGCCACCAGGAGCCGCAUUGUGCACGAGAUCUUGAAGCGCACAGCGUGUUCCCGCGCCAACAGCACGAUGGGAAUUAACUCUUUGAUCGCAAACAAUGUCUACGAGGCUGCCUACCCUCUUCAUGACGGUGAAUAUGACAGUCCAGGCGAUGACAUGAAUGACAGAAAGCUGCUGUAUCAAGAAUGGGCACGCUACGGAGUGUUCUAUAAGUUUCAACCUAUUGACCUCAUCAGAAAGUACUUUGGAGAAAAAAUCGGUCUGUAUUUUGCCUGGCUGGGACUAUAUACAUCAUUCCUCAUUCCAUCUUCUGUAAUUGGGGUGAUUGUGUUUCUUUAUGGAUGUGCAACAAUUGAAGAAGAUAUUCCCAGCAAGGAGAUGUGUGACCAGCAGAAUGCCUUCACCAUGUGUCCCCUGUGUGACAAGUCCUGUGAUUACUGGAACCUCAGCUCAGCCUGUGGUACAGCGCGGGCCAGCCACCUGUUUGACAACCCUGCCACGGUCUUCUUCUCCAUCUUCAUGGCUCUGUGGGCUACCAUGUUUCUUGAAAACUGGAAGAGAUUACAGAUGCGACUGGGCUACUUCUGGGACCUGACUGGUAUAGAAGAGGAAGAAGAACACUCCCGGCCUGAGUAUGAGACCAAAGUCCGAGAGAAACUGCUAAAGGAGAGCGACAAGUCGGUCGUCCAGAAAUUGGGAGCCAGUGUGAUUGAGAAUGAGGAAGAGGAUGAUGAAGAUAAGCUGAACUGGAAAGAUCGUUUCCCAGGUUACUUGAUGAACUUUGCGUCCAUCUUAUUCAUGAUUGCCCUGACUUUCUCCAUUGUCUUUGGGGUCAUUGUGUAUCGCAUCACGACUGCAGCCGCUCUGUCUCUCAACAAGGCCACACGCUCCAAUGUCCGGGUGACAGUGACAGCAACAGCGGUCAUCAUCAACCUCGUAGUCAUCCUCAUCCUGGACGAGAUCUACGGCGCUGUGGCCAAGUGGCUCACCAAGAUCGAGGUUCCCAAAACAGAACAGACUUUUGAAGAGCGCCUGAUACUCAAAGCUUUCUUGCUGAAGUUUGUCAAUGCCUACUCGCCCAUCUUCUACGUGGCCUUCUUCAAGGGGAGGUUUGUGGGCCGGCCUGGAAGCUAUGUCUAUGUGUUUGAUGGUUACCGCAUGGAAGAGUGUGCCCCAGGGGGCUGCCUCAUGGAGCUCUGCAUCCAGCUCAGCAUCAUCAUGCUGGGGAAGCAGCUGAUUCAGAACAACAUCUUUGAAAUCGGAGUCCCAAAACUUAAGAAACUAUUUCGGAAGCUGAAAGAUGAGACAGAACCUGGAGAAACGGACUCUGCCCAUUCAAAGCAUCCAGAGCAAUGGGACCUAGACUACAGCUUGGAGCCAUACACUGGGCUGACUCCAGAGUACAUGGAAAUGAUCAUCCAGUUCGGGUUUGUCACCCUCUUUGUGGCCUCCUUCCCCCUGGCACCUGUGUUCGCCCUCCUCAACAACGUCAUCGAAGUGCGGCUUGACGCGAAGAAGUUCGUCACGGAGCUGAGGCGGCCGGACGCCGUGAGAACCAAAGACAUCGGGAUUUGGUUUGACAUUCUCUCGGGAAUCGGCAAGUUCUCUGUCAUCAUCAACGCUUUUGUCAUUGCUGUCACCUCCGACUUCAUCCCCCGCCUCGUGUACCAGUACUCCUAUAGUCACAACGGGACCCUGCAUGGCUUUGUCAACCACACCCUCUCCUUUUUCAAUGUCAGCCAGCUGAAGGAGGGAACGCAGCCAGAAAACUCACAGUUUGACCAGGAGGUUCAGUUCUGCAGGUUUAAAGAUUACCGAGAACCUCCAUGGGCCCCCAACCCAUAUGAGUUUUCCAAACAGUACUGGUCUGUUCUGUCUGCCCGACUGGCUUUCGUCAUAAUCUUCCAGAACCUCGUGAUGUUCCUGAGCGUCCUCGUAGACUGGAUGAUCCCAGACAUCCCCACCGACAUCAGUGAGCAGAUCAAGAAGGAGAAGGGCUUGCUGGUGGACUUCUUCCUGAAGGAGGAACACGGGAAGCUCAGGCUGGUGGACGAGCCGGCCCAGAGGGGCGGGGGAGCGGGCACUCAGGGCGGCCGGAGCCUGGCGGCCAGCUCACCGGCCUCGGGCAGUAGCCGGCCGGGCAGUGUCGUGUCCUCUGGGUCCCAGCACACCAGCGUGUGAGCAAGCGCCCAGCGCCCAGCCCUGCCCCGGUGCAGGGACCUUGGGAAGGGGCUACGUGCAGGGAGAAAUCCAAGUGAGCAGGAAGGCAGAGAGACGGGGCUGCUUCUCGGAAACUUCCUGCGUGAGUUUCUGUUAGGUCCUCUUUUGAGCAGAAUCCUUUUUGGGGAUUGCUAUCCCGUUCUGAGUCAAUCACGGGAAGAGUGGGGUCUGUUCUCCUGGAGCCCCGGGCACCACCACCUCCCCUGUGCCCUCGGCACGCUCAGUGCGGACACUGCAGGCUGAGGGAGCGCCGGCAGCGCCCUGUUUUGGCCCAUCACCAGUGAUCACUGCCCACCCACCGUCACCCCGAGUCGCUUGGCCCUGGGGCUGUCAAAGCCUCAGUGGAUGCAAAUUCAGUAACAGGCUGCUUGCUGUGGCCACUGCACCCUGCGGAGAGUGGCGGAGGCCCAAACCCAAGCUUGUCUCCAGUUCAUGCCACAUGGAUGCUUAGAGCUAAACUAACCAUCAUUUUAUGCAGGUUCAGAUUUAAAAUAAUAAAAUGAAUCGAAAC